GACGAGGUUGGUUUGGCGUUACACCUACAACGCUAGCAGGUCUUCUUAAAUCGGAGAUAAGGGUUGUCGGUCAAAAUAGUCGCAUGCGCUGUUAUUUCCCACACAUAUUUCUAUUAUCUUUGGGCGGCUGAACGACGCUAGACCCUAUCCCUGCGCCGUUGACUUUCGCUUUCUUCUCGUCACAAGUUCAGUGCGCCGCUAUCGACACGCCAAGUCCGUCCACUGAAUGGCGGAAGAAGACACAGCGCGGCCGCAAGAAGAAGUGAGGGGGAGCGCACAGCAGGAUGCGAACAUGCAGGGGGGAACUCGCGCGCAGGGAGCAGCGGGUGCGCCGGGGGAAGCGCGCGUGCAGGGGGAAGUUGGGGGAGCGGAGCUGAUGGAAACCACAGUUGCGCCCAAGCAGGGACUCUCGCUUCUGCUGACGUCAGCGGACCUUAUCAGUCAAGGAGCAGAAGCCCGUGUGUUUGCAGCAACCUUCUGCGGCCGGCCAGCCAUACUGAAGCAGCGGUUCGAGAAGAAGUACCGCCACCCCGUGCUGGACGCCAGGCUGACGGCCAAGCGCCUGCACGCUGAGGCCAGAAGCAUGGUACGGGCAGCACGUUUAGGGGUGUUGGUGCCGGUGCUGUACGGUGUGGAGGAGGGGGAACGAUGCAUUGUGAUGCAGCGAGUGGUGGGGAGGAGUGUCAAGCACCUCCUCCUCUCGCUCGCCCCCCCGCAAAGCACAGGCACAGGCACAGGCAGCAGUAGUGGUGUGAGUAUACAUCCUCGUGUGGCGGAGGUGGCGGCAUGGAUGGGUGAGGCCAUAGCGAAGCUGCACGAUGGCGGCAUGGUGCACGGCGACCUCACCACCUCCAACAUGCUGCUCUCCCCUGCCCCUGCUGGCUUGAAAUUGGCCGAAGCAUCAGCAGCAACAGCAACAGCACCAACAGCAGAGGCAGCAGCAGCAGCAGCAGCUGAGGCACCUGGUGCAGCGAGGGAGCGACUGGUGCUGAUAGACUUUGGGCUCAGCUUCAACUCGACUAUUGCGGAGGAUAAAGCCGUGGACCUCUACGUGCUCGAGAGGGCGCUCAUCUCGCUGCACUCCAGCAAUGGAGACAUUAUGUCUGAAGUGCUCACAUCGUAUCGCCACCACUCGCGGUUUUGGAGCGCCACACUAAACAAACUGGGACAAGUACGACUGCGUGGGAGGAAACGGGCCAUGGUUGGGUGAACGUCAGUUCGUAUGCACCGUGCAUAUUCACAAUAGAGAUUCCAGGCAGGUCAAGAAGCGUAAUGGCUCACUCACUGCUUCAUUGCACCAGAAAUGUAUCUAUCAGGGCUCCAAUAAAGUGCAGCAUGCCAUACGUUGGAAGGUGAAUUCGUUUGAAGUGGGUAUGAGACAGUGCACUUCCCACAAAUUUCAAUCUCAUGUUUUGUUGCUAGGCUUAAAAGCUGGCUUAAAUUUGUAGAGAAUAAUGGCAUCAUACUACGACGGUGAUGGAGGGCUUGAUUGUAGGGUAGGGUUCUUUAGAGGAAUUUUACUAAGAAAUCAUUCAUCAUAUA